AGAGCCAGUGAUCAGUUGCAGACGGUCAGUCGAGCGAGACAGUUGAGUAUUUUGAGUUGAGUGCGCGGCGGUGCUGGAAAAGCAACCGAGCUCCGAAAUCGAAAUCCCAAAUCAGAAAGCCAGGCAUCCAAGCUCAGGCCAGAAUCCACGCCACAACCCACAAUCGACUCAAUUCGAAUCGAAUCGUCGGUUGCCAGAAAAAUACAAAAAAAAACCAAAAACAGAUCUAACAGAAUGAAGUUCGUGAUUUUGUUGUGCGUCCUGAGCGCGUUGCUGCUGCAGAUUGAGGCAUCCCCGCUGCAGCGGCUCUCCAGAAGCGAAAGGGCCGUGGCCCGGCAGCAGACGGUCAACAAUGAUGUGGCUCCAGCGGCGGCUCCGGCCAGUGACGAUGACGAGGACGACGAUGAUGACGAGGAUGAUGAUGAUGAGCCCGAUCUAGGGGAUCUGAUCGAUGAUGAUGACGAUGAUGACGAGGAGGAGGAUGAUGACGAUGACGAGGAGGAGGACGACACACCUCAGGGUCAGGCUGCUCCGGCCGCUGCCAGCGAUGACGAUGAGGAGGAGGACGAUGAUGAUGAUGACUAUCUGGACAGGCUGUUCGAUGACAUCCUUGGAGAUGACGAUGAUGAGGAUGAUGAUGAUGAAGUGGCUCCUGCUGCCAGUGCCCCUCAGAACGCCGUCACAGCCGCCCCCGCUCAAGCGCUGGAUGAGGUUGCCCCCGCUGGCGCCUCUUCGGUGACCUCCGGAAUCUCCGAUGGCGUCGACCUGCCAGCCGAGUCCGGAAAUGUUGCGGAACCUGUGGCCGCCGGAAAUGCCGCCGAUGAGUCCGUUUCCGCCGCCGUGGCACCCGCCCAGGCAGCCGCCGCCAUCAGCAACAACGAAGGUAUCGCCGGCGAUGACGACGAGGAAGGCGACGAUGAUGAUGAGGACGACGACGAUGACAUCAUUGGCGAGGACAUCAUCGAGGCUCGCCGCGAAGCACGUGACCUGAAGAACAACGUCAUCGAUAUGUCCACGGAUGCUUUCCAGGCCCGACACAACCACUUCAUCGACGCCAUCUUCUCGCGCAUAAAUCGAAUCGUGGCCGACAAUUAUGAUCCCUUUGUGGUACGCCUAGCAGGUCGUUCGGCCACGCCCACCGCCUCCACUGGAGCGGCGGUUAAAGCCACCAGCAACAAGAACAAAAACAAGGUCACCACCACAACCAACCAGAAGGCCGGAGGACAUAAGAAACUAAAGAACACGCGUUCGGAGCCUCGGGCCAGCAAUCAGCAUCACGAGGAGGCGGAGGCGGUGAAGCUGCAGGAGCAAUUGACGCAAUUACAGUCCGAGCUGGCCAUCAAAGCGGUAGAAAAGAAGCCCAGCCCCUCUGAAUUGGCCUCCGACCAGGCCGUUUCCCCCGCCUCGGAUGGGGAGGUUGCAAAAGCGGAAGUGCGCACUGUUUCGAGCACAAAAGUGAGCCAAAAGAAGUCCUCGACCGGCACUCAGGGCCACAAGCACAAUACCAAAAAAGCGUCUGGCCUCAAAUCAGGCAACUACAAUCAGCCGGCUGGUGCCACCAAGGCGGGGGCAAGUCCUGCCGCAGGAGGCGAGGUGGAAAAACUCCAGAAGGCGGAGGGCAGCCUCUCCGGACUGGCUUCCCUGAAGCGAGUUGGAAACGUCAAGGUGAUCAGCGACGCUGAAGGACGCAACUCUACGAUCAAGGCCAAGUUCACUUUGGGCCCCCUGAUCCUGCGCGUGGAGAAGUCCUUUAAGAAGGGCAGCGUACGCAGCGUCAAGAGCGCCACGGCCAGGACUAACGAGAUGAUCGGCAGGAUUAAGUUCAGUGUGCUGGAUGAUCGGGCCACCCUGAUGUCCAUCAAGGUGCAGCAGCCCAAGCAGGUGGAGGUGGAGAGCAAGGACAAUCACGACCGCACCCGGGAAUUUGUGUGGCGACGCACUCCCAAAAUUGCCAAAUUGGUCAACGAGAAACUGAAAUUGGCAGCCGAGUCGCUGUUCGCUCCCCAGGGCGUUGAGGUUGUAAGGCUCUGAGCUGAAAGGACUUCGCAGGAUAACGCCAUUUCCCACUGCUCUGCUCAGCUAUCAGCCUAGUGUAAUCUUCGCUUAAUUAUAGUGCCUUAUUUAUUUAUUUAUUUAACUUAUUCGCCCAGCUAUUUAUCAGCCCAUCUAUCUAAAAAAUAAAUGCAACUCUGUCUAUAAAAA